UCAGAUUUAAACACUAUAUAUACUCUUCUUGAGUACUCUAUUGCGCCAAACAAAGAUAUGAGGAUCUUCACAAAGCUCUCUCCACCACUCUGCCUCCUUUUUGUCUUCCUCUGUCUUAAAACUGCCUUCUCAUCCUCUAUACAUGCUUCUUCCUUCUCAACAACGCAUCUCUGCUCUCAUGAGGAGGCUCUUGCUUUGCUGCAAUUCAAGACAUCCUUCUCCAUCAAUUACACUAUUUCGGAUCCAUAUUAUUGUGGGGAUCAUUUUUAUACUAAACCUAAUUAUUCUAAGAUUGAGUCAUGGAAGGAAGGUAUAGACUGUUGUUCUUGGGAUGGGGUUAGCUGUGAUAAUGUCACAGGCCAUGUAAUUGCCCUUAAUCUCAGCUGCAGUUUCCUUUAUGGCACCUUUCCUUCCAACAGCACUCUUUUCUUCCUCAGAAACCUGCAGAGCCUCAAUCUUGCCUCGAAUGAUUUUAGGUUUUCCAAGAUUCCACCAGAAAUCAGUCAGUUUACUAGACUAAAGCAUCUUGACAUCUCUUAUUCUCAGUUUUCGGGUCAAGUUCCAGCAGAAAUUGCUCACCUACCCAAGUUAGUUUCUCUCAAUCUCUCUAAUGAACCUUCUGACUUGAUCCUUGAAACAACUACCCUCAAAAAUCUUGUUCAUAACUUGAGUGAGGUGAGAGAACUUGAGCUUGGUGGAGUGAACAUGACAUCUGUUAAUCCUCGUUUCUUCAUGAAUCUCUCUUCUUCUUUGACUACUCUUAAUCUUUUGGAGAGUGCGUUAAGAGGAAACUUUCCAAACAGUAUUUUUCGCUUUCCAAAUCUCAAGAAUUUUUAUUUAAGUGGAUCUAUUGGAGAGCGAAACCUUAUUAUUGAUCUUCCAAGUUCCAAUUGGAGCAGUCCUCUCCAACAGUUGUUUUUAAGUGAUAUGGAUUGCGGAAGUCGAUUGCCAGAGUCCAUAGGAGAUUUAAAGUCAUUACAGUCUCUAGGUCUUGAAUGCAACUUGAAAGGUUCCAUUCCAGCUUCCAUUGGGAACUUAUCUCAACUAACUGACCUAGACCUCUAUUCUAGCAAUCUUAGUGGACAAAUUCCACCAUCACUUGCAAACCUCACCCAACUUAUCUCUAUUGACCUUUCAUUUAAUCAGUUUUCUGGUCCCAUUCCUUUUCAUGCAAGGCUCAAUUUCUAACUCAAUUGCUAAUUUAGUAAAUCUUUGGUAUCUUGAUUUAUCAUCAAAUCAUUUUGUGAUUUAGUAGAAGCUGACAUGUUCUCGGCACUUCAAAAUCUGGAAACCAUCUUUCUUUCAGACAAUAAUCUGUCCUUGAGAAUGAAUGUCAAUGCCAACU